AUGGCCAAGAAGCUCCUGCUUUCUCUCCUGGCAUUGACCCCGGCGGGCACUGCAGCCCAAUGCCUCUCAUCCUCCAGUGGCAUCGGGCUUGCCAACUACGACCAAUGCUGUUCAGGCCAGGCGAGCGCCAACGGCAGGGAGAUAUCCAACGGCGUCGAAUACGACUAUCACUGUGCAUCCUGGAUGGAGCCUGAUGAUGUGCGUAUUCCAAAUGUCAUGAGUGCCCGGGAUUGUGCACGACGCUGCCACAACAGCGCCUCCUGCGCAGCGAGCGCCUGGCAUAGGUCAAACUGGUGCUAUCUCAGCCCGUUUGCGAGCGAUCUGGAGAUGAAAACCCACCCAGAGGCGGACGGCUGGCUGGCCCUCCGCGAGACCCAGCCCAAACGAGACCCGGCCACCGUUCCGCCCGCCGGCUGCGACGCGUUUAUCACGCAGUGCGAGGCCGAGAAGAAGACGGCCGAGGACGAACGCGAUCAUUAUAAAGAUCUAUUGGACCGAGCCAGUUUAAACUCACCGGUGGUGCAACUGCAAACGCCUUUGUGGGCAGCAAUGCCAAUAUGA